GCGCAUUUGCCGGUGAUUUUUUAUGUACGUUUAUCGUUUGUAUUCAUUUUAUUUGGAUUUAUUAAGAAAAUUUUAAAACUUUUGGCUAAAAUCAUAGAUUUUAUUAGUUUUAAACGCGUAUUUUUUGAUUUUGUUUUACUUUUUUCUUAUUUCGUUUGGUGGCCUAAAGAAAAUGUCUGAUGAUGAUAUACAAUAUGUUAAGCGGCAAAGAACACUUUAUUAUGGUUCAUUAGAGGACGCCGAACGCAAACGUAUGUUGGCUGGAGCAACGUCAAAUCCUACGACAGUAACACAAGCUUCCCAAUUGGAAGAUAUAGACUCGGAUGAAGACUAUGAAGAGCAGAAAAAGCAUGGAACAACUAUAGCGCCUCCACCCACUGCCGCCGCCCUAGCAAAUAAAAUCGACGAUGACUAUUUUGAUUUGGAAACGGAAAUAUCGAAGGAUAAAGUAGCCUUACUAGAGGAAUUUGAGCGUAAGAAGCGAGCAAGACAAAUAAAUGUGUCUACCGAUGAUGCGGAGAUCAAACGAAAUUUACGUCAGCUAAAUGAACCCAUUUGUUAUUUCGGCGAAGGGCCGGCCGAGCGCAGAAGGCGUCUCAGAGAGUUGUUGGCCAGUUUGGGAGAAAACGCUAUAAAACAAAAGUUAGCCGAAGAAGAAGAACGAAAGCAAUUGCAAAAGGAACAGGAAACUACAUGGUAUCACGAAGGUCCAGAAACUCUUAGGAUAGCUAGACUAUGGAUAGCCGAUUAUUCAUUGCCUAGAGCGAGAGAACGUUUAGAGAAAGCUAAAGAAGCUCUAGAAGUGCCAAGUGCUACCAGAGCCGGUCGUAUGGUGGAAUUACAAAAACGCCUUCAAUCUUUAGCUCCACAUUCCAGUCAGGUGGGUGAUACCCGGCCAUUGGGCGGUUGUGCUUUCAAUCAUGAUUCGUCUCUUUUGAUGACAUCAUCCUGGUCGGGUUUAUGUAAAGUUUGGCGGGUACCCGAUUGCAAGCUGGAACAGACUCUACGCGGUCAUACAAGUUAUGUGGGAGGAGUAGCUUUUCGUCCGGGGGUUUCAUUUGAAGAGAAAAACGUGGUAGCUAUGGCAUCCGGUGGUCAUGACGGUGCUGUAAAAUUAUGGGGUUUUGAUUCUGAAGAGUCCAUUGCUGACAUAACGGGACAUAUGCCUCAUCGCGUAUCCAAAUUGAAUUUUCAUCCAUCUGGCCGAUUUUUAGCCACCGCAUGUUAUGAUGCCUCAUGGCGUUUGUGGGAUUUGGAGCAAAAGACUGAAGUACUUCAUCAAGAGGGACAUGCAAAAGCUGUGCAUUGUUUAAGCUUUCAAUCGGAUGGUAGUGUUAUAGUUACCGGUGGCCUAGAUGCUUUCGGCAGAGUUUGGGACUUGCGAACAGGUCGUUGUAUAAUGUUUUUGGAAGGACAUUUGGGAUCUAUAUUCGGUGCGGACUUUUCACCUAAUGGCUAUCAUAUUGCUACUGGUUCCCAGGACAAUACAUGUAAAAUAUGGGAUCUAAGACGUCGUCAAUCAGUGUACACAAUACCGGCUCAUGUCAAUCUUAUUUCCGAUGUCAAAUAUCAACGUGAUGGUGGUAGUUUUCUUGUUACUUGCUCUUACGAUUGCACUACUAAAAUAUGGUCUAAUAAAACGUGGCAGCCACUCAAAACACUUCAAGGUCAUGAUGGCAAAGUUGUUUCAUUAGAUAUAUCGCCAGACUCACAGUUCAUAGCUACAACAUCAUUUGAUCGCACAUUUAAAUUAUGGUCCCACGAAAGUUAAUCCAUGUUCAAUUAUUAUUAUUAUAUAUUACCAUGCAUUAUUUUGUUUAGAUUUUAUUAAAAGUUGUUAAUUAUCACUCUCAAGUAAAUUUCUUAUGGCUUUGAGACUUUAAUGAUGGUAAAUUAACUCUCCAAUAGUUUUUUAUAAAAUGUUAAUAACUGACUGAAAAUAGCCCAAAAUAACAAAACUCAACAUUAUUUGUACUCACAUGUUUUUCAUUAAUCGUUUGUAAUUUUUUUUUGUUAAAUUAAAAUAAAUGCCCAUUGUUAACAUUAAACUAUUUAAA